GAAAGAGAGAGAGAAAGUUCCAUUUUCAUUUGUAAUGUUGAAAAGUCUAUUAUUGUUAGCCACCACCACUAGUCAAAUUGGGAUGACAGAUUCAUAUUUCACAGCCUCUAACUCAAUCAAACAACAAAGUCUUAGGUUGCCCCUUCUUAUGUUUCAUCACUCUCAUUUAUAAAGUUCAUACCUUUCAUCUCAUUCAAUAGAAGGAAAAAUAAACUCUUUUUUCAUUUUUGGGUCCAUUUAAUUCUUGUACAGCAAACAAAAAACAAAACACAAUUCUUUUGUUGGUUUCAUAAAGUUUCAAUAAUUCUCACCUUUGUACAAACCAAAAGUUGAUUUUGUUGGUUGGUUCUUUUGUUUAGUUCAAUAUUUUCAGCUUUUUCUUUGUGUGAGACUUGUUCUAGCUUGAAAAUUCAUAUUUGGUAUAAAGGGUCACUGAAAGUUUUAGUUGAAUCUUGAAAACUGAAUCAUAGAAAAAUACAUGGCUGGUGGAAGGAGGAGGAGGCAUCAUUUCAGCAAGAUUCAUGCAUUUUCUUGUGGUAAAGCAUCAAUGGAAGUAGAUGAACAUUCACUUAUAGGAGGACCUGGUUUCUCAAGGAAAGUUUAUUGCAAUGAUUCAGAACGUGCUAUGUCUAGUCUUUAUGAUUAUGGUGACAAUUAUGUUAGAACUACUAAGUACACUUUGGCCACUUUCUUACCUAAGUCUUUGUUUGAACAAUUCAGAAGGGUUGCCAAUUUUUACUUCUUAGUUGUUGCAAUUUUGUCUUUCCUUCCUAUUGCUCCUUACUCUGCUGUCAGCAAUGUUGUUCCUUUACUUGUUGUGGUAGCUGCUACUAUGGCCAAAGAGUUCAUUGAGGAUUUUAGGCGCAAACAACAGGAUAUUGAGAUGAAUAACAGAAAAGUGAAAGUACAUAGUGGAAAUGGUGCUUUUGAUUAUUCUAAAUGGAGGGAUUUGAAAGUUGGAGACAUAGUGAAAGUUGAAAAAGAUGAAUAUUUUCCUGCUGAUCUCAUAUUGCUUGCAUCAAACUAUGACGAAGCAAUUUGCUACGUUGAGACCAUGAAUCUCGACGGAGAAACGAAUCUUAAACUAAAACAAUCAUUGGAAGGAACUUCAAAUUUACAAGAAGACUCAAGCUUUGAAAAUUUCAAGGCUGUCAUAAGAUGUGAAGAUCCAAAUGCAAAUUUGUAUGCGUUUGUUGGAAGUUUAGAGCUUGAGGAUCAACGAUAUCCACUUACACCUCAGCAGCUACUUCUUAGAGACUCUAAGCUGAAGAACACAGAUUUUAUAUACGGUGUUGUGAUCUUUACCGGUCACGAUACGAAAGUUAUGCAGAAUUCAACAGAUCCUCCAUCCAAGAGAAGCAAGAUUGAGAAAAGGAUGGAUAAAGUUAUCUACUGCUUGUUCUUUGUACUAAUUUUGGUUUCUUUCAUCGGUUCCAUUUUCUUUGGAAUUUCAACAAAGGAGGAUAUUAAAAAUGGUAGAAUGAAGAGAUGGUAUCUUAGACCAGAUGAUACCAAAGUUUUUUAUGAUCCUGAUAGACCAGCACUUGCAGCUAUUCUGCAUUUCCUUACAGCACUGAUGUUGUAUGGUUACUUUAUUCCGAUUUCGUUGUACGUUUCCAUUGAAGUUGUGAAGGUUCUUCAAAGCAUUUUCAUCAACCAAGAUGUGAACAUGUAUCAUGAGGAAACCGACAAGCCAGCACACGCUCGUACUUCGAAUUUGAACGAAGAGCUCGGUCAAGUUGAUACCAUACUUUCUGAUAAAACAGGAACUUUGACUUGCAAUUCCAUGGAAUUUAUCAAGUGUUCUAUUGGUGGUGUUGCUUAUGGAAGAGGGUUUACAGAAGUUGAGAGAGCUUUAUCUAAGAGAAAAGAUUCGUAUUUUGGUCGGAAGAUGAAGAAUGACAAUAAUGUUGCAAAGGCUGCUGAAUCAAAGUCAACCAUUAAAGGGUUUAACUUUAUGGAUGAAAGGAUUAUGAAUGGAAAUUGGGUUAGACAACCUAAUGCUAAUAUAAUCCAGGACUUCCUAAGAGUCUUAGCUGUAUGCCAUACUGCAAUUCCUGAAGUUGAUGAAUCAACUCAUAAAGUUUCAUAUGAAGCCGAAUCGCCGGAUGAGGCAGCUUUUGUCGUUGCAGCCAGAGAAUUUGGGUUUGAAUUUUAUGAAAGGACACAUGCAGCUAUUUCAGUGCAUGAAUUGGACCCCAAAUCAAACAUGAAAACAGAUAGGUCCUACAACCUUUUGAAUGUAUUAGAGUUUAGCAGUGCAAGAAAGCGAAUGUCCGUAAUCGUAAGAGACGACAAAGGGAAACUUUUACUACUUAGCAAAGGCGCCGACAGUGUCAUGUUUGAACUACUUGCAAAUAAUGGAAGAGAAUUUGAAGAGCAGACUAAGUAUCACAUCAAUGAAUAUGCUGAUUCCGGUUUAAGGACAUUGAUACUCGCCUAUCGUGAACUCGAUGAUAAAGAGUACGAUCAGUUUAAUAGAGAGUUGACAGAGGCUAAAAAUUUAGUGAGUGCAGAUCAAGAAGAGAUUGUAGAGGACAUAUUGCAAAAGAUUGAGAAGGAUUUGAUUCUUCUUGGUGCUACUGCAGUUGAAGAUAAACUACAAGAUGGGGUUCCUGAAUGUAUUGACAAACUAGCACAGGCUGGGAUUAAGUUAUGGGUAUUGACUGGUGAUAAAAUGGAGACAGCAAUUAAUAUUGGAUAUGCUUGUAGUUUGCUUAGACAAGGAAUGAAACAGAUUUUAAUUAAUUCAGAUACUCCGGAAAACAAAGCACUGGAGAAAAUGGAGGACAAGUCUGCUUCUGAUGCAGCAAUUAAGGAAAGUGUUAUUCGCCAAAUAACGGAAGCAAAGGCGUUACUUUCUACAUCAAAUGAAAAUUCUGAGGCAUUAGCAUUGAUCAUUGAUGGGAAAUCUCUUGCUUAUGCACUAGAAGAUGAUGUAAAGAACUUGUUUCUUCAACUUGCCAUUGGCUGUGCAUCUGUUAUAUGCUGUCGUUCGUCUCCAAAGCAAAAAGCACUUGUUACUAGAUUGGUUAAGAUGAGACGUGGUAGUACAACUCUUGCAAUUGGAGAUGGAGCAAAUGAUGUUGGAAUGCUCCAAGAAGCAGAUAUUGGAAUUGGUAUCAGCGGUGUCGAAGGAAUGCAGGCUGUUAUGUCAAGUGAUAUCGCCAUUGCCCAAUUUCGAUAUCUAGAACGCUUACUUCUUGUGCAUGGACAUUGGUGUUACAGAAGGAUUUCAUCAAUGAUAUGCUACUUCUUUUACAAGAAUAUAACAUUUGGCUUCACUUUGUUCUUCUAUGAGAUGUAUACCUCAUUCUCAGGCCAAGCUGCAUACAAUGAUUGGUUCAUGUCAUUUUAUAACGUAUUCUUCACUUCGCUUCCUGUAAUCGCUUUGGGAGUGUUUGACCAGGAUGUUGCUGCCAAAUUAUGUCUUAAGUUUCCAUUACUCUAUCAAGAAGGUGUACAGAACCUACUAUUCAGCUGGAAAAGACUAAUUGGUUGGGCACUAAAUGGAGUUACAAGUUCAGCCAUUAUAUUCUUCUUCUGCAUCCGCGCGUUGGAGCAUCAAGCGUUUCGCAAAGGCGGCGAAGUAGUCGGCAUGGAAAUUCUUGGAACCACAAUGUACACUUGUGUUAUAUGGGUGGUGAAUUGCCAAAUGGCAUUAUCAAUAAGUUACUUUACAUACAUACAACAUAUAUUCAUAUGGGGAAGCAUAGUAAUAUGGUACAUAUUCCUCAUGGCAUAUGGAGCCAUAGACCCUUCAAUAUCAACAACAGCUUAUAAGGUCUUCAUUGAAGCAUGUGCACCAUCUUCAUCUUAUUGGAUUGUUACUUUGCUUGUUCUUGUUGCUGCAUUGCUUCCGUAUUUCGCUUAUUCGACCAUUCAACUUCGAUUCUUCCCCGUGUAUCAUCAAAUGAUACAAUGGAUACGAAAAGAUGGACAAACUAAUGAUCCAGAAUUCUGCGAUAUGGUGAGACAGAGAUCGAUUCGACAUACAACAGUUGGAUUUACAGCUCGGUUGGAAGCGUCUAGACGUUUUGAAGCGUCGAGACGUUCUGAAAUAUCUUUAGUACCUGUGGAAGGGAAGCCUGCAGAGAGCCAAUAACCAGAAUUUUGUUUUGUUUUUCUUUGUUGAUGUUAAAUUCAUAGGUGUACAUUCUUUUUCAUAGGUUAAUUAAUACGUUCUUUCAUUUGUACAUAUGUAUGUGAGGUAAAGAUGCAGUGUUUUCUUAUGCUGCAUCAAGAUUAUUCUUUUAAGGAAUCAAAUUGAGGCAAUCUGUCUCUUGUAUUUUGUUCUGAAGAUUAUUAUAAUAAAAUUUUGUUGAUUAAAUA